AAAGUGUUUGUGAAUAAUUAUAUUCUUCGAACAUUCUCCAUACUGCUAAAGCAUUAAUUUGCAAGUGUUUUACAGAUCUAAAAUAAAUAUUCCUCUCCUUCGACAUGAUGAUAUUGCUAAAACUAUUAUUAAGUAGCGGAUUAAUUUUUAUUGCUGUAACGGCUUUCAUUCGUAAUGAAUCUUUAUGCUAUCGAAUAUCAGAAUAUAUAAAACCGAUGCAUUACAAUAUCAAGCUUACAUCAUUUAUUGAAGCAAAUAUUUUCCAUGGAGAAUACAAUAUCAGCAUAAACAUUCUUCACAAAACGCAACACAUAUAUUUAUAUUCGAAAAAAUUAUGUAUUGACAAUAUAGUUUUAAUUACAAAUUUCAAAAAAUAUCAUGAGAAUGAUAAUGAUAUAGUUUAUAAACCGACGUAUAAUAUUGAAGAAGAUACAGUUGAUAUUUUCUUUAUGGAUGAGUUAUCACCAGGAAAUUACACUUUAAAUAUAAAAUAUUUUGGCAUUGCUGAUAAAGGGUUCAGAAUUUUCAACGUGAAAGAAAAAGCUACUUGGGUAGGUGCUCCACAUUUUCAGAUAGUAGACGCCCGACAAGUGUUUCCAUGUUGGCAUACACAUGAUUUACAGUUAGAAGCAACCUUUAACAUUUCUUUAGCAUGUCAUAACUGCACGACUUUGUCAAAUAUGCCAUUGCAAAAUACAAAAAGAGAUGAGUACAAUUUAGUAUGGAGACACUACGAUACCAUACCUGUAAUGUUGACUCAUCACGCAACGAUGGUUAUAUCUAACUACCUAUUCCUUCUUGAUAUAAAAACACAAAACAUUCAAAUGUGGUGCAGAUUUGAAUCUCUAUUUCACUUGGAAUUUGCUAAAAAUGUAGCUGAAGAUAUCACGUUGUCUUUUAAAAGUAAAUGGAAACGUUCGGACAAAAUUUCGAACGUGACUCAUGUUGCAAUUCCAAAUUUCCAUGACGAUGACACAAUAGUUUUUGGACUUGUGUUUGAUAUCAUCUACGAUAAAAAUGUAUAUCCUAUUGCUCACAAGAUCGAAGUAGCUCAAUUAGUAGGACGAAAAGUGGCACAGCAAUGGUUUAAUAACAUGAUGAAUAAUCCGUUAGUGUCAGAUUUUUGGUUUAAACAAGGUUUCACUACAUUGUUUGCAACGUAUGCUGUCAAUAAGGUUAUUCUAAAUAUUUUCAACGAUAUCUCGCUUCCAAUUUUUUCACCAUUUAUACUGCGUAUGAUGCAACACGUCCUUACAGAAGAAAUAUUUCAGAUAGGCAUAAACACAUAUCUAGAUGACAACUCAUCACACCAUCUAGACUUUAUGGAGCUUAUGAAAGAUGUUGCUUCAACAAUAAAUAUAUAUAUUGCUGGACACAUCUCGCACAUGAAAAACUGGGAUUUGGAAAAGCAUUGUCCUGUUAUUAAAGUAGAACGAAAUUAUGAUGAUCCUAAGAAUCGAACAUUUGUAUGGAUAGAAAAUAUCGACACAUUAAAAAUUGAGUGCAUUCCUAUAACUUUUACUACGCAAACGUCUCCCGAUUUUAACAAUUUUACUCAUCAUUUGUUAUGCAAGCGAUGGGAAAUUAAACGUUUACUAGUACCAUUGAAAUUAUCAUUACCAUAUAAAGAACAUGGUUGGAUGAUAUUCAAUAUACAACAAAUUGAAUAUUAUCGCGUUAACUAUGAUAAUGAGAAUUGGGAAAGAAUUUCAAUUUAUCUAAAUUUUGGUGAUUACACGAAAAUUCAUGUUCUUAAUCGUGCCCAAAUUAUCGAUGAUGCAUUUCAUUUAAUGAUAGCAGGCCAACUCCAAUCCCGUAUAUUCUGGAAUAUCAUAAAGUAUUUACAUCGAGAAGAAGAUUAUAUAGCAUGGUAUCCUAUGUUUAAAGCUCUGGAAUACAUGUAUAAUACUUUUCCAAUAUUGACAAAAAUAGAUGAACAUAUUACGUCUACAGUAAUGAGAGCAUUGCACAAAGUACUUGAAAUAAUCAAAUAUGAUGAAAUUGAUGAUAGUGACAAACUUAGAAUAUGCUUACGACAAGAAGCUGCAAGAUGGGCAUGUUUUCUCGGUGACAUCGAUUGUAAGAAAGAAGCCAACAAAAUUUUAAAACAACAUCUUCAAGAUCCUACAAAACGCAAACUUUUGCCAUGGUGGAAAGAAUGGACAUAUUGUAAAGGUUUGAAAGUAUUUACCCAUUAUUUCAUACACAUUGUUCGUACUAAGCACGGAAGAAAGUGGGUAGAAAUAGAAGAUGACACUUGGAAAUUAGUGUAUGAUAUAGGAUGGAAAAAAGAGGACACAAAAAUUUUAGAAUACUUGGCUUGCCCUGAGAAUACUACAGUCGUCAUUGAUAAUUUAAAUUAUAUACACAAUUCUACAAAACAGGAAUAUCAAUAUCUUCUUAACAGUUUCUUACAUGUUAUUACAAAGCAUGCGAAGAAUCAAAUUAUACUGGAGUACAUAUUAGAUUAUUUUAACGACAUAAAACCAAAACAGGUUGAUAUAACUGCAGUAUUAAUUAUUAUUAUUAAUAAUGUAUAUUCUGAAGAUCGAACUCAGAGUAUAAAUAGAUACGUUGAAAGAUUAUUAAAGGUUAACGCAAACCCAGCUGAUGGAAUAGGAAAGGUAAAUUUAGUAAAUAUUAUUAUAAAAAGCAAAAGAAAAAGAAAUAUUGUUCUAUCUAGAGAUGUGCCGGAUAUCCGCGGUAAGUAUUCGGUAUUGGGCUACUUUUUUACAAAUAAUAUCCGGAUAGAUUAACUAUCCGGCCGGAUAGCCGGUAAGUAUCCGACUAUUCAGUAUUAAUCGAUUAUUUAAAUUAUUUUCCACAAUCCAACCGA